AUGGCAGCACCAUUUUUCCACAAUAGCACUCCAAAAUUAUCAGGGCAAUGUUCAUUGAACUUUUCUGCAGUUGACAAUUUGUUAAGAACAACUGCUGUUGAUUGUUGGGCCUCCUUCGCUCCUUUCUUAGCCAAUGUUAUUUGUUGUCCGCAGUUCGAGGCUACCCUUGUUAUUCUAAUUGGACAAGCAAGUAAAGAUUCAGGUUUACUUGCGUUGGACUCUGUUCAUGCAAAUUAUUGCCUAUCAGAUAUUCAACAGAUUCUUGGAAGUCAGGGUGUCCCUAGUGACCUUCAUGAUAUUUGUUCCAUCCGUUCUUCUAACCUCUCUGAAGGAUCCUGCCCAAUUAAUGAUACCAUUGGGUUUGAGAGUGUUGUUGACUCUUCUAAACUCCUUGCUGCAUGUUCAAAGGUUGAUGCUGUGAAUGAAUGCUGCAGACAAAUCUGUCAAAGUGCCAUCAAUGAAGCUGCAAAAAACCUUGUCUUGAAGGAUGGCAGAUUGAUGACGAAUAUGGAAAUUAAUGAUACAACAGUGGAGUAUUCAUCUACUGUGAACAGCUGUAAAAACAUUGUCCUUAGGUGGCUAUCUAGUAGACUUGAUUCUUCAUCUGCAAAGCAAGUGUUGAGAGGACUAUCAAACUGUAAUGUUAACGGAGGAGGAAGCAGAGCUUCCAAUUCCACUUAAGUCGGGACCAACAGUAAUGGUAGAUGCUGUUGGAACUGUGGUUGGCUGGCCAAAAGAAUUGGUGAUAUUUCCGACGACAAAGGUAUUUUCAGUUCACUUUUCUGUUGCUAUAGUUAUAUAUUUUGCUACAAUUAUUUAAAAUUACAGAAAAAGGAGAAACCUGCACCACCAUUUGCUAUUUUGGAGGUUCCUGAUGAGAAAAAUAAAUUCAAGGAAGUUGAAAGUGCUCUACCAAUGCCAUGCAAGUUUUUGUAUUCUUUUGUUGUUAGACUGAUGACUGAGGAGGAGACCAUUCCUAUCGAAUUUGAUGAAGCCAUGUUUG